AUGUUCUUUCCUUAUGGUGAGCUGGAUUGGAGCUACGAAUUAAGACUCUGGGAGGAAAGCAUUAAAGAUUUUGGAAAUAGCAGUCUAACCCUGAUGGAUUUUUAUAGUUAUUAUAUAUUUCCUCGCGUGCUGGAAUACUCUACUAUUCUUAGGGGGUGUAAGCUUUUCCAGGAAUUGGUGGUGGAUGCAUGGGCUUCGACUGAACAGAUUCGUUUAGGCUGGAUAAGGUUCAGUCAGGAUAAGCUGCGUGCGGAUAAUUAUAAAUCGAUAAUCAAGUUGAAGGAGGAUGGGAUAUCACCGGAUCAAGGGGGUACACCGUGUGUUUCGCCGUCUACGCAUGUCGGAGGACCAAGGCAGAUGCAUGAGAUCUAUCAGGACUCCAUGGAAAUAACGCGCUAUAAUCAUCAUCCAGAUAUAUUUCUUACCAUGACGGCGAAUCCAAACUGUACAGAGAUACAAGAAGCACUUUAUCCUCACCAGACUGCAUCUGACUGUCCAAAUUUAGCUGAGCGAGUAUUUAAGAUGAAAAGAAAGGCUUUGCUGGAUGAGAUAGUCGAAAAGAAGGUGUUUGGGGAUGUGGUCGGACCCUGUGGUGACAGGAAUAAAGAUUCGCCUUGCAUGAAAAAAGGAAAAUGCACCAAACAUUAUCCAAAGAGCUAUAACGAUACGACUUGCUUGGGCGGAGGUGGGUAUCAGGUUUAUCGUCGCAAGAAUAGCGGCGUGGAGGUGGCUAUUCGCGGUGGGCGUAAGGCAACCAAUAUUGACGUUGUACCUUACCACCCGCAUCUGCUGCGGAUGUUUAAUUUCCAUAUUAACGUUGAGGUAUGUGCUGGGAUAAGGGAGGUCAAGUACAUCAACAAGUACAUAUACAAGGGGUAUGACAAAACCACAUUUGUAGUUGGAUCGGCUGAUGAGAUACAGAUAUACAUAGACGCAAGGUACAUAGGUCCCCCAGAAGCUGUUUGGCACCUGUUUGGGUACCGUAUGUACAAGGAAAUGCACUGCGUGGAAAGGUUGGCAAUACACCUUAAAGGUAUGCAGAGAAUUGUAUAUGAAUCCGAAGCAUCGACCGAAGGAGUGACACAGACAGCUGAGAAUUAUAAAUCUAAACUGAUGACAUACUUUGAGUACUAUGAUGAGAAUCCCAAUGCCCCUGCAUACACGUAUCAAGAAUUUCCGCAGCAUAUGGUGUGGAAAGCAGAUAAAUCUAUAUGGGAAGUCAGGAAAAAACAGUCGUUCGAACAUCUGAGGACUGUGAAUGGCGUGCUACAUUCAACCUAUAAAAAAGCAAGCGUUGAGCUUGGGUUAUUAGAGAGCGACGGAGAAUUUGUAAAUUGUUUGAGGGAGGCAUCAACUGUUCAGGUAGGAAUCCAGAUGAGAAACCUCUUUAAGAUAAUUAUGUUGGAUGGAAAUCCAGCUGAACCGGAAUUGUUAUGGAAAGAAUUCAAGAUGCAUAUCUGCGAUGAUUUACAUCACGUUAUUAAAAGAAAGUAUGACAUCCUAGAACCAACAGAUGAGCAGAUUGAAGACUACGGACUUUACCUUAUUGAUAAAUUGUUGCGUUAG